AAUCAAAUCAAAUCGGGAAAUAACGUUAUUUGAAAAUUCGGUUUAUAUUGGUUAUUAUUAGUAUAAAUAACCUUGUUGCGCCACGGCUCGAACCAGCUACUAUUAUAGAUAACCAGGAGCUGCGCCGUCGGUAUCAGUGGUAAAAGGACGAUCCUUUGACGGAAGCUUCCAAUAUAUUAUUACCGGUAUGCACGGAAGGUGUUUGAUGAUAUGCCUGAAGUUUGGUGGUGGUUGUGGUAAUCUAGUUGCAAUGACAACGGAAACGGGAAGGAAGAAGAGAACUCCACAGAUUCUUAAGACAGAUACGGCCCAUACGGCACUAAAACUUGCUGAGAAGUGGGUUGCCAAUAUGACAACGUCUGCAGAGGAUCCUAUUGAGCCUGAACCAGACAGGCUUGGACUUGGUGCUAAAGUUUCACGGCAAAUGAAGCGUAGACCUUCUGACGACCCUCUUGAUCAAAAACUACAAGCCAAGUUUGAUGCAGGGAGAAGAAAAUAUGCAAGAUCUGAGGCAGAGCGCGCUGGUACUAGUAAGCACACUGCUGAUGAUGACAGUGAGGAUGAUGACGAAUCAGAAAGCAAAAGCCAGGCGUUCGGAAAGAAAAGACAAAACACAAGUACGCGUCGUUAGUACUAUAGUUAGAAUCAUGGGCUUUUUAUUUGGUUCAUUGUUGGAACAUGAUUGUUAACAAAAAGCAUAAUCUUUUGUCUUAUUUAAA